AGCUGGUGAGCGAUAGGACAAGAAGAUGGGACGAAUUCCCAAGAAACCCCAUGAGGUUCUGUUCGACGGGCUGCAGACCGAUCUCAAAGGAUUGCUUAUGAGGUUCAUAGCCACAGAGAGUGUUCGCUAUGAGGAGUUUACCAAAAUUUGGAGAGCUCUCAAUUUCCCUGUCAUUUUUUAUGGUAUCAAGAAUGAUGAACAGCUGAGAACGUUCACAUCAGAAGCAUUUGCCAUGUCUGCGUCAUCUCUCGUCCCUCCGCAUGACCUCCAGACCAGGAUAUGUUCAAUGUACAUGCUCUAUGCAUUGUAUCACACGCAGCUGUGCACACCCAAGCUCAAAGUGGAGAUUGAUAUGUUGAUAGAGAUGUUUGAUGAUUGA